ACUCCCUCUGAAUCCUGCAGAUUGGUGCUGAGCACGCAACAAAAGUUUUUAGCUUCUCCUCAGUCUCUGGUGCUUCGCAGGGAGAGGCAAGGACUUUGCCAUUAAACGCAAGAAGCAGCCAGGGAACCAUCUCCUUUAACUUUUCAUACCUGUUACAAUUUGCAAUGAAGAGGAAACAGAAGAGAUUUCUGCAGAUGACUUUGUUAUUCAUGGUGGCUUUGAUAUUCCUGCCCAACAUUGGCCUCUGGUCUCUGUACAAGGAUAAGCAUCUGGUGAAAUCUACGGAGCCUGGGGAGCAGCAGACAUUUCCACUGGGCCUGGGAGAUGGGCAAUUCUAUGCAUGGACAGAUGGUUUGAGAAGAAAAGACUGGCAUGACUAUGAAAGCAUUCAGAAAGAGGCUAUGCGCUCAGGGAAAGGUGAACAUGGGAAGCCUUACCCCCUCACUGAAGAGGACCAUGACGACUCUGCUUACAGGGAAAAUGGCUUCAAUAUUUUUGUCAGCAACAAUAUUGCUCUAGAGAGAUCGCUGCCUGAUAUUCGUCAUGCUAAUUGUAAGCACAAGAUGUACCUGGAAAGACUGCCAAACACCAGCAUCAUUAUCCCAUUUCAUAAUGAAGGUUGGACUUCACUCCUGCGUACCAUACACAGUAUAAUUAACCGAACUCCAGAGAGUCUGAUAGCAGAAAUCAUUCUAGUAGAUGACUUCAGUGAUAGAGAACACUUGAAGGAUAAGUUAGAAGAAUAUAUGGCCCGCUUUUCCAAAGUAAGGAUUGUUCGCACCAAGAAAAGGGAAGGGCUCAUCCGGACCCGACUCUUGGGGGCAUCGAUGGCCAGAGGAGAAGUCCUGACGUUCCUGGACUCCCACUGCGAGGUCAACGUGAACUGGCUGCCCCCACUGCUUAACCAAAUUGCACUAAACCACAAAACCAUCGUGUGCCCCAUGAUCGAUGUCAUUGACCACAAUCACUUUGGGUAUGAGGCGCAAGCUGGGGACGCCAUGCGAGGCGCCUUCGACUGGGAAAUGUACUACAAAAGAAUCCCCAUCCCUCCAGAGCUCCAGAGGGCAGAUCCCAGCGACCCUUUUGAGUCUCCUGUUAUGGCUGGAGGUCUCUUUGCUGUGAAUCGAAAAUGGUUUUGGGAGUUAGGUGGCUAUGAUCCAGGUUUAGAAAUCUGGGGAGGAGAACAGUAUGAAAUCUCUUUUAAGGUUUGGAUGUGUGGAGGAGAAAUGUUCGAUGUUCCAUGUUCUAGAGUUGGCCAUAUCUACAGGAAGUACGUCCCUUAUAAAGUUCCAUCCGGGACCAGCCUGGCAAGAAACCUGAAGCGGGUGGCCGAGACCUGGAUGGAUGAAUUUGCCGAGUACAUUUACCAGCGACGCCCAGAGUACAGGCACCUCUCCACGGGGGACAUCUCUGCCCAGAAGGAGUUGCGCAAACAGCUCAAGUGCAAGGACUUCAAAUGGUUCAUGGCUGCAGUGGCCUGGGAUGUGCCCAAGUACUACCCUCCCGUGGAGCCCCCACCCGCUGCCUGGGGAGAGAUUCGAAAUGUGGCAGCCAAUCUCUGCGUGGAUAGCAAGCACGGAGCCACAGGCACGGAGCUAAGGCUGGACAUCUGUGUCAAGGAUGGUUCUGAGCGGACGUGGUCGCAUGAACAGCUCUUUACUUUUGGAUGGAGAGAAGACAUUCGACCUGGGGAGCCGCUGCACACCCGGAAGUUCUGCUUCGAUGCGAUCUCACACCACAGCUCGGUCACUCUCUACGACUGUCAUGGCAUGAAGGGGAACCAGCUCUGGGGACACCGCAAGGACAGAACACUGUUCCACCCUGUGAGCAACAGCUGCAUGGAUUGCAACCCUGCAGAGAAGAAGAUUUUCAUGGCCAGAUGUGACCCUCUAUCUGAGACUCAGCAGUGGAUUUUUGAACAUAUUAAUAUGACUGUUUUAGAAAAAUUUAACCACCAUGCCAGCUCCUAGAAAGAAAGAAGGAAAAAAGAGUGAUUACCUACAGAUUCUAAAAACUGAAUUUUUGCCAGCAUCCGGGUCCAAGGAGUCAGGAAUAACAUUUCCUAGAUCUAGGAAGCCUGGUUUCAAGUUUUGUAAAUGCCACAUCAAAGUAGGUUGUCCUGGAGCACUUCCUGCAUCUGAAGAACUUGGCUGAGACCCUCACCAGCUGCUUCUGAGCACUUGAGACUAGCAGUUCCCUUGCUGGCCAAGGGCGAGGAUUACUUAGGGACUUUUCAAAACAACUGCUGAGUUAUUAAAUCCUAGCAUUUCUCAGGUCAAAUCCUGCAGUAGUGAGUAGCUAUGAAUGGAUCCUGUCAUUUGGGUAGGGGGGUGGGGGUGGAAAUAGAGUGCAUGACUGCUCUGACAACCUGAAGACACCGCAGGUGUAGGACUAGCCACGCUGAGGGGGUGAGCUGUACUCCUUGGUGCCAUUCUCCGACUAAGAAUGGGUUAAGCAGGUUUAACCCUUAAAAGUGCUGCAGAUGAUUUUAGAGUGCUCACACCAUUCUGUUUUCUUGUUUUGUUUUGUUUUGUUUUGUUUUUUAAUGAAGGUGUGCUUUCUAAUGUAAGACUUAAAUUACAUCAUGAAAUGAACUUCCAGUGUUUCCAUCCUUGCAUUGGCCAUUUUCCUUUUAGAACAGAAGUAACUUAUUGUUUAUAAAAGGUCGUGCUCCAUCAAUCAGCUGAAGUUCUAAUUCAGUGCCCUUGUAUGAAUCCAGUUUAAAAACAAGAAACAAAACACUAUGCUUCCAAGUUACUCCAAAGAAAAAGGUUUCACAGAAGC